GUCAUGUGACAAACAAAAUGGCGUUGAUGCCUGAUUUGCUUUCGGCAGGAUUGAUCGAAAAAGAUUCACACGGAGAUAUAACAUGGACAUGGGCCUACCCAUCAGUGACUCCCUUUCUGCGAGAUUUCUACAUCAGGAAAUCAAACCUCAACUCUGAAAGUGUGCCAGUGCCGUUUACUUAUGGACAAUUCCAGAGAAUCUGGUACUACAUCAGUACUACAGAUGUCGCAGAUACAGACAAUCUUCCAAAGGUCAAGAAGUUUUCCCUAGUCUUGACAGCGAAAGACUUCAAUCCAGAGAAGUAUGAGAGCUUGACGAGGAUUAUGUGCGCCCUCUAUAAGGAGACAGGGACGCCAGUUAGCAUUCUAGAGACAUUCCUCACAGUCAUGACCAAGGGUGUGUGUAGAAGUGAAGAGAAUGGGACGUUUACCACAAGAGAUUUUAGUACAAGUGAUGCCUAUUUUGCCGGCUCAGCCAAAGAUUUGAUCAACACAUUUGGUGUAGAAUCUAUUCUGAUCUACGUAGCCAUGUUGUUGAAGAAGAGAGUCGUUGUGUAUCAUCCUAAUGUUGGUGAAUUAAUCCAGGCUGCAAGAGCCUUCCCAGCCCUUGUCUGGGAGAGACAGAAUUGGAACCUCCUCUAUCCAAAUGUUCACUUGGAUAAAGACGAGAUGUCUGAUCUUCAGAGCAACACAAGUUAUGUCGCUGGAUUCACUGAGGCUUCAGUGGAGGGAAGGAGUGAUUUGUAUGAUAUUUUUGUCAACCUGAACAACGCCGAGAUCUCAAUCGCCCCGCAGGCCAAGGAGACAUUUGCCAUGGGUAAACUACAUAAAGAUAUUGCCAUGUACAUGGUUCAGAGUGCUGAAGAUGACAGCAUGAGCAAUAAAGAUGUCAUUGGUGCCGUUGUGAAGAAAACCAAAGAACUACUGAACAACUUGAAAAGCUUGGCAACAGAGGGAGAGGACGGGAAAGCCAGUAUCAGCAUUGAAGCAUUACGGGGACGGAACAUGCCACCGGCUAUGGAGAACUUUUUAUACAACCUUGCUGCAGCAGAAGGGCUGGUGCAGUUGUAAAAAGAAACAUUUGAUGGGGUACGAAGGCAUUUUUAGUGGCAGGCCUGGAUUGGGACAUACUACAGGCAUAGUAACAUUCUCACUUAAAAUCUACUCAGGUUCGGUUGAGUAGGCUUGGCCAAAUUCUGUUAGAUUCUAGCCAUUUCCCAAGGCAACGAUAAAUUUAUACUACCGUCACUUCCAAAUGAAGACAAUAUAAUUUUGAUACUUUUGUAAAUAGGUCGACUUAUAUGAAUGUUCUACAUUCCUAGUACAGGUAGUUCUGUGCAUUUACAUGCAUCCAGAAAUAGUGACCGUUAUAUGUGUAUUCUUACAACAGAAUAAAAGCAAUACAUCAUGAUCA